AUGAAACUCCCACUCCGGUCAUUCGGCUCUCCCGCUAUUAUCACACGAUUACAACCCUCCAUUGCCUGUCGCACUUACGCUACUCAUCAUAGCCAAGGAACGAAUUCAGCUGCUUCGAAGAGGAGGGCUGUGACGCCAUUCAACGAUAAUGGAUUCGUGCCUUGGAGUGAGCUCUCAGCCGGUGAGAAGGCGUCGCGUGCAACACAGCAAACCUUCAACUUCGGCCUUGUCGUAGUUGGCUUGGUUCUAACAGGAGGUGUUGGCUAUUUCCUCUAUACGGACGUAUUUUCUCCUGAUAGUAAAACUGCCUACUUCAAUCGAGCCGUCGACCGAAUCAAGAAAGAUCCACAGUGUGUACGGCUGCUUGGCGAAAGUAAGAAGAUCAUAGCACACGGCGAAGAGACUAUGAAUAAAUGGCGCCGUGCUCGUCCAAUUGCGUCGACGUUUAAUACGGAUGCGCGAGGUAACCAACAUCUAAUCAUGCACUUUUAUGUCGAAGGACCGCUAAAUAAUGGUGUGGUGAAUGUGCAUUUGGUAAAAUAUGCCAAUCACGACGACUUUGAAUAUAAGUACUUCUGUGUCGAUAUCAGGGGCCAUUCGAGGAUUUACCUAGAGAACGCCGACUCUAAGCCCGCGGGUGAAGGAACGAGGAAUUUCAAACUGUUCGGAGUGAACUGGAAAUAG